AUGGCUGAGCGCAAUAGUGGUCUUACCCUCUCCCGUAAAAAGACUUAUUUACACCAUUUGUUGUCUAAGAAGCUGGGGUCGCUGUCGGUGCUGAGCGCCAUCUCGAGCCACGCGGACGUGCGGCGCGCGCUCACCGACCUGGGCGCCGUGCCGCUGCUGGUGCGCAUCCUGGCGGAGCCCUCGCGCCACCUGCAGAUGCUCGCGGCGCGCACCAUUGCCAACGUGGCGCGC